AUGCCCUGGACCAAACCCCAAUCAGAGCUCUAUUCUGGCUCAACAAACAUCAUGGAUGACCACCACUACGAAGGUUCUCUGUUUCCCACCUCCACCCUCAUCCCAGUCACUGUGAUCUGUAUUCUGCUCUUCAUUGUUGGUGUGACUGGAAACACCAUGACCAUCCUCAUCAUCCAGCGCUUCAAAGACAUGAAGACAACCACCAACCUGUACCUUUCCAGCAUGGCUGUGUCUGACUUAGUCAUCUUCCUCAGCCUGCCCUUUGACCUGUACCGCCUCUGGAAGUAUGUCCCUUGGGUCUUUGGUGGGCUGGUGUGCCGUCUCUACCACUACAUCAACGAGGGCUGCACAUACGCCACCAUCCUGCACAUUACUGCCCUGAGCAUGGAGCGUUACUUGGCAAUCAGUUUCCCUUUGUGGGCCAAGGUGGUGGUGACCAAGCGCAGGGUUCAGUACAUAAUUGUUGCUCUCUGGACCUUUGCUCUUCUCUCUGCAGCACCAACACUAUUUCUGGUUGGGGUGGAGUAUGAAAAUGACACUCAUCCAGAUUACAGCACCCGCCAGUGCAAACAUACCAACUAUGCCAUUAGCUCAGGACAACUGCACACUAUGCUCUGGGUGUCUACCACUUAUUUCUUCUGCCCCAUGUUCUGCCUCAUUUUCCUGUAUGGUUCUAUUGGAUGCAAGCUGUGGAAGAGCAAGAAUGACCUGCAGGGUCACUGUGCCAUCGACCGUGAGAGGUCCCAUAGGCAGACUGUCAAGAUUCUUGUGGUAGUGGUACUAGGUUUUAUCAUCUGCUGGCUGCCCUAUCACAUUGGUAGAAACCUGUUUGCUCAGGUGGAUGACUACCAUGAGGCCAAGCUGAGUCAGAACUUCAAUGUAGGCUCCAUGGUGCUCUGCUACCUCAGUGCCUCCAUCAACCCAGUGCUGUACAACCUCAUGUCUACCAAGUACAGGGCCGCCGCUCGCCGACUGUUCCUGCUCUCCCACAGACCUCAACAAAAUCAACAUUUCCAGAGACAGCUUUCUGUCAGGGAGGACAUCACAACCCUCAAUGAGACCCUAACUGGGGUGUAG